GGGGGUGGUCACUGUAUGGAGGAAAAUAAAGAAUGAACAUUAUAGUGCUGGGCUUGGCUUGAAGGGAAUUGGAGGGGACAAGGGCACAGUUGAGCAAGAUGGCGGCGCUGAGGGCUUUGCUUGGGAGACGUGUGCUGAGCUGUCUAAGGGGGAGACAGCAUGUCAUUCGGUGCCGCAGUGAGUUCACCUCCCUGGAGGAGAAACCGCAGUUCCCUGGAGCAUCGGCGGAAUUUAUUGACUCGCUUGAGUUCAUCCAACCUAACGUCAUCUCCGGAAUCCCUAUCUAUAGGGUGAUGGAUCGUCAGGGCCAGAUCAUAAACCCCAGCGAGGAUCCAAACAUUCCCAAAGACAAAGUGCUGAAGUUUUACCACACAAUGACUUUACUCAACACCAUGGAUCGAAUUCUGUACGAGUCUCAGAGACAGGGACGAAUCUCCUUCUACAUGACAAACUACGGUGAGGAGGGGACACACGUUGGCAGCGCAGCAGCUAUGAAGGACACUGACCUGGUGUUUGGGCAGUACAGAGAAGCGGGCGUGCUGAUGUAUCGGGGGUACCCGCUGGACCUCUUCAUGGCACAAUGUUACGGGAAUGCUCUGGACCCUGGCAAAGGGAGGCAGAUGCCUGUCCACUAUGGAUGCAAGGACCUUCAUUUUGUGACCAUCUCAUCUCCUCUGGCCACACAGAUUCCACAGGCUGUGGGUGCAGCUUAUGCCAUGAAACGCGAAAACGCUGACCAAGCUGUCAUCUGCUAUUUUGGUGAAGGCGCAGCCAGUGAGGGAGACGCACACGCAGCCUUCAACUUCGCUGCCACACUUGAGUGCCCCAUCCUCUUUUUCUGUAGAAACAAUGGAUACGCCAUUUCUACACCGACCUCAGAGCAAUACCGCGGUGAUGGCAUUGCUGCCCGCGGUCCUGGCUAUGGAAUUAUGUCUAUUCGUGUAGACGGUAAUGAUGUGUUCGCUGUUUACAACGCCGUUAAAGAGGCAAGGCGUCGUGCAGUGGCCGAAAACCAACCCUUCCUUAUAGAGGCUAUGACCUACAGGAUUGGGCACCACAGCACCAGUGAUGACAGCUCUGCUUAUCGGUCUGUAGAUGAGGUAAAUUACUGGGACAAGCAAGAUCACCCCAUCUCCAGAAUGCGACACUACAUGGUACACCAGGGUUGGUGGGACGAAGAGCAGGAGAAGAUCUGGAGAAAGAAGUCACGCAAAAUGGUAAUGGAAGCCUUUGAGGAGGCCGAGCGCAAGCUAAAGCCAAGUCUGCAACACAUGUUCUCAGACGUUUAUUCAGAGAUGCCACCUCACCUGAAGAAGCAGGAGGAGUCUUUGUUGCGGCACCUUAAGGUGUACGGAGAACACUACCCGCUGGACAGCUACGAGAAAUGACUCUUUGCGUCUUAAUGGCGCCACCUACGGAUCUAGCUGUUACAUAAAAUGAAGCACUCUGGGAUACCCCAAAUCUGACAACUCCGCCUUAAUUCUGGCAAAAGAUAUUACUUUAGAUUUUAUUGCUGAAUAUUUGUUAGCGCACCAGAAAUCAUGUACACGGCCCUGUUAGCAUUUUGCUUACGUCCUUAUAGUGAGGAUGCAGACGAGCAAAGGUCCAAACAGGGAAAGACUAAAAAAUACUAUUGUUACCUAUUAAAAGUUGGAUAUGGAAAUUCCUAUAACAUUACUGUUCCAAUGCUGGGAAAAUGGGGAAUAAAAUACAUUUUUUCGGUGAAUAAA